CCAACAAAUAUCAUCAACUUUUAACUAUUACAUUCAUAAAAUGAAUAAUAAACUAAUUUUUUUAUUCAUUAAAUUCAUUAAAAUGAUGUCAUUUUACUUAGAAUGCGUAAGUCGAUCAUACCGGUGAUGUCAUGCCGGUUUUAUGACCGGCACAGGUUGAACCAGGUUCAACCGGGUGGCAUGCCACCGGCAUGACAACCAUGAUACUUUGUUUCAAAAUUUGUAGCUUGUUGGAUGGAGUGACCUACUUAAGCAUUGAGACAGGGUCUUGAGCCUAAAAAGUCUUUCAUAGUUCUAUAUUUUUAAUCCACUCCCCAUCCUUGAGUUUCACCCAACAAUUUCCAAUCAAAAUAGGCAAAUCGCCCUAUCUUUUGUCGAAACUGAAAAAGGAUUAAAAUAAUAAGGUUAACUUUGUAAUUACAUGAUUUUUGGACGGAAUUAGCGCCUAAUUACCUUGCUCAUUGAGUAGUUGAGUCCCCGUUGAACAAUCUUUUGAACAACAAGAGGCACAACGUACAAGAAGAAAAUGUUAAUAUUUGAAAGACUAUAUACAGAAGCUGAUUUCUCUCCUUCUUGUUCUAAUUAAAAUGCGAGUAUAUUUCAUUCCUCUCCACAGAUUCGAAAGGCGGCCAUUUACUUUAGGCAGUAGGCCUUGCCCUUUUGUUCGACAGGAAAGUAAAGUCGUAAGAAGUAAGUUUUUUGCGCUAUUAGAGAUGGAAUACUGCUUUCGAUGGAAGAGCAGGUGCUUUAUUUCUCUUAUCACGGAAUCUUAUUAUACGUUGAGCUUGAUCUGAUCUUUCUUAUGUCUGCUCCUGUCUUGUCGCCUCCUAUUAUACCGGUGGGCCACUCCUGCUUGGGCAGCAGAAAAAAUGGUAAUGGUUGGUUGUACUGGUGCAGGUGGUGAUAAUAUAGGGGUUAACUCUUUAUAAAACCAUUAAAAAAUCCGUAACAGAAAAAAAUGGGAAUUUUUGCCAAAAAAAAACCCCCCCGAGAUAGUAGGCCAUCUUUAUGGAUCUUGAAAUAAUGUUAUUUUUGUGAAUCAGUCUAAAACUUGAUGAAAAAAAAACUUAAAAAGAGGCUGAAAAUGCCAUUAAUAAAAAAAAAAACUAUUAAUUAACACUGUUAUUAAUAGCAAAAUAACCAGUUUUUUUUUUUGCAAGCAAUUCAGUUCAUACCAUCUCCGGCCAAACCAACCCAAAACAUCCCUCCAUCCUUCUUCUUCUUCUCCGCUAGUAACUACUCUUCAAAUCUGAGCCCUGUUUCUGUCGUGUUGCCCGAGCCAAAUUCGUCCCCUGUGAUAAUGGCUUGGGCUCGACCACAUCUACAUUCUCUUCUACUACCGUUCCUCGUCGUCGUCUUCUUCUUCUUCUACUCUUGUGCUGCCAAUCCCACGGCACGAGCACCUUUAAGUAGUACUACAGUAAUCUUUGAUUCCGAUCACCGGCCCUACUCUGCCAAUGGUAGCACCGUUCUCGUCGGACCCGCUGGUCCGGCGAUGAUACUGCCGCUCUUCCACCACAUUACCAAAAAAUCACAAUCAGCUUCUUCUUCUUCUUCUGGCACGUUGUCAAAUGCUAAGCACCGCAAGAAUCUUCGGAAAUCACCAAUUGCUCACUCCCUUCCUCAUGCUCGUAUGGGACUCUACGACGAUCUCCUCCUUGAUGGGUAUUAUACCACUCAACUUUGGAUUGGAACGCCACCCCAGAAAUUCUCCUUGAUCGUUGACACAGGUAGCACCGUCACCUACGUCCCCUGCUCCACUUGUGAGCAAUGUGGCAACCAUGAGGAUCCCAAGUUUGCGCCAGAACUGUCGCUCACUUACGAGCCCAUGAAGUGCACCAUGGAAUGCAACUGCGACGUCGAGAACGUGUUCUGCACCUACGAGCGGCAGUACGCCGAGAUGAGCACCAGCAGCGGCGUCCUCGGCGGCGACCUCUUCUCCUUCGGCAACGACAGCGGCCUCGACCCGCAGCGAGCCGUCUUCGGCUGCGAGAACGUCGAGACCGGCGACCUCUACACCCAGCACGCCGACGGCAUCAUGGGCCUGGGCCGAGGCGACCUCAGCGUCGUGGACCAGCUGGUCGACAAGGGCGUCAUCAACGAUUCCUUCGCCCUCUGCUACGGUGGGAUGGAGGUUGGAGGCGGCGCCAUGGUCCUCGGCUCCGUAUCUCCGCCUCCUGAUAUGGUGUUCACCGCCUCCGACCCUCUGCGGAGUCCAUACUACAAUGUUGAUUUGAAGGAGAUCCAUGUCGCCGGCAAGAAGCUGCAGCUGGAUCCCAAGAUAUUCAACGGGAAAUAUGGAACCGUCUUGGACAGCGGCACCACGUACGCUUACCUUCCGGAGCAAGCAUUUGCUGUGUUUAAGGAUGCUAUUGUGAAGGAACUUCAUUCCUUGAAGCGAAUUCAUGGUCCCGAUCCUAAUUAUAACGAUAUUUGUUUUGCUGGAGCGAGCAGUAAUGUCUCGGACUUGUCACGUACUUUCCCAAAGGUCGAGCUGGCGUUUGAAAAGGGACAGAAGAUAUUGUUGUCGCCCGAAAACUACUUAUUUCGGCACUCAAAAGUGAAUGGUGCUUACUGCCUUGGGGUGUUCCAAAAUGGAAAGGAUCCAACAACACUACUUGGAGGUAUCAUUGCUCGAAAUACUCUUGUCGUAUAUGACCGUGAGAAUGCAAAAGUGGGAUUUUGGAAGACCAACUGCUCGGAGUUAUGGGAAAGACUUCAAUUAGCUACUUCUUCUCCAGCUCCUUCACCACAACCUUCACAUCAAAACAACCAUACCGAAGAAGCUUCAUCUGUUUUGGCUCCGAGUCCAAGUGAUUUACCGCACUAUGCUCUUCGAGGCGGGAUCUACAUUGGCCGUAUCGAGUUUGAAAUGUCAUUCAGUGUUAACUACCAUGAUCUGAAGAAAAAUCUCCACAACUUAACAAAACACAUUGCUCAAGAGUUGAAAAUUAACGUUACACAGGUCCACGUGGAGAGCCUUUCACCGGAAGGGAACGAUUCACUCGUAGGCCUGUCCAUAGUUCCUUUGGAAUCUACUCACUACAUCUCCAAUGGCACUGCUCUUAGUAUAAUUGCUCGAGUGGUGAAGCACCAAAUGACUCUUCCUGAUAGCUUUGGAACUUAUAAGUUGGUCCAAUGGAAAGUUCAGCCACCACCACAACAGGCGUGGUGGGAGACGCACUAUCUAGUGAUUCUCAUAGCUGCAAUAAGCACACUCAUCGUUGGAUUGUUCGGCAUAGGAUUAUGGUUAGUUUUGCGGCGUAGGCAAAAUGCAUUGACGACAUAUAAAUCUGUCGAUGAGGAUGAUGAUGCUCCUGAGCAGGAAUUGCAACCCUUACAAUGAAAACACACCAAUAUUUUUGAACAUCAAUGGUUAUGGAUUGGUAAUUUGAGUACUCCAGCGUCCAUUUGAUGAUUUUUCAUAUAAAGUGUUCAUAUUGAGGAAGAAGGAGGUGGGAAAAAAAAACCAAGCAAAUGUGCCAAAUGAGAAGAUUUUAUAUUUCAACAAUGAAGAGUGACUCAAGAAUUUAGUUUAUACAAGAUUUCGAUUAUUGAUGCUUGAUGCCUAUUGAUAAGGUAGUCUAUCUACACGGUCAGUCGGUCACUUUGUCAAGUGUACGAAUCUCAACUUUCAGUAUUAUUAAGGUCUCUAUGUUGUAUUCCAUGGGGUAGUAGCUUAACUAAUUGACAGCUACAACUACUUGAAUUAAACUACUAAGGCAAGCAAAUGCUAUCAAGAGGUAUUCCUUUGAAUGAGAAAAGUAGUUGGUUAGAUUUCAAACAACCAACUCAAUACCUGCUUAGGGUUUUAAAGCAUGAACAGAGUGAGUCAAACUAACUUAAUUAUCAGUUUUGUCACUCCGUACUCUACAAAAAACUUCACUUUUUGUGACAAAAAAUGUGUCACAGAAAGCCUCAAAUCCGUCGUAUAAAGGUUUAUGCGACGAGAAAACAAGGUUCGUUGCAAAAACCUUGAUUUGUCGCUGAAGGAUUUAAGUUUUGGCGACGUACAUGUCGUUGCAAAAAAUGAUCAUUUGGCGACGACAAUGGCUCCUCUGUCGGAGAAAAGGUAGUUAUGCGAUGAACUUGAAAGUGAAUAUUUAGCGACAGUGACUUUUUUUUUUUGGAAAUAUUCACUAUUUAUUUUUCUGGUUCAAUUAUUUUUCUAGUUCAAUUUAAUAUAUGUAUAUCACAAUUCAAUUUUUUGUAUCAUUUUUGGAGUUGCUCCCAAUUUAAGCUAUAACUCACUAUUAAUGCAAUUGGAGCUCUAUUGACCAAGAAGAGGAACUUGAUUACUCACAAACACCACUACCCAAUCAAUGCAUUAAUGCUUCAUGGAUUCCACUAAUGAGAUAAUCCCCAAUAUGGAAGAACUUUGUGGUGUUAUUUCUAAUCACCCACUCAAUCCUUCUUCUAUCUAUUUUGAUCAACUCUAUAAAUUCAGGAUUUUCUCCUACAAUACUUAGAAUCCUAAAUCACACAAUUGGGUCCAUAAUUCAUACAAUAAAACUUGACAAUCAUAUAAAAAAUUCAAUCAACACCAAUGCUUACAAAUAAGCCCCUAGCAAGUAUCUAUUUAGUGCCCUACAUCUAACCAAAGCAAAAAGGUUUAGUCCGUAAAGAAAGAGAAAAUGUAUCUACACCAACAGGGAAACUUAAGCAUGCGCAUGACCCAAAUAUUUUUCUCCUUCUUAACCAUCACUUCUUAUCUCCAAUCUUGAGCCUUCAAGGAUCGAAUUUGAAGGAAUUACCCUCCAAGAACACUCCAAUAUCACAUUUUCUCUCUUGGAUUCGUCAAAGCAUAGGAAUGCUCAGCUGGUAUGGAGAAGUUAGAGCACCGAGGUUAUGAGCUAGCUAACUAGGCACGUGUCAAUAUUAGUGAUACAACACUUAUAUAAAAGUUUGUUUACAAUUAAUAUCAUACGGAGCAAAAGUAUAAAAUAGCAUCAUUAAAAAAUAUUUGAAACCUCUAAGUUCCACGAACCUAAACAAUUAUUGAACUACCCACUCAUGGAGACAGAAACAACCAUAAACAUAGAAUCGGUAGCAAAAAAAACCUUACUGUGGAGUUUGGGCAACCUCUAUGCUUUUGGGAUGAAUCUAGGAGAUAGUGUAAACUGUACUGUCCCAAUCCCCUCCUUCAAGGUUUCAGAUUGAUUGGAAGUCUGGAGGACUUCUGGGAGUUAAAUAACCUUUUAGUAAACCUUAUAUGCAAUU